AAUCCACUUAAAGCCACAAACUAAUUUUUAAACCUCGGCGUUUGGUGUUCUUUAUCCUACUUUAUUUUAUGUGGUCUAUUUGAUGGGGACUAUAAAUGACAACAGGGAAGGAGAUGCUUGGUGACAGAUUUAGCCACAGGCUAACGUUCAUCUACAGUCCCUGGUGUUGUGUUUGAAACAGCUAUUGUACCAUAUGGAAACAACAUUUGAAUUAAUUUAUUAAUUCGGUUUUUUUUUAACUGCCAAAUAAUCUCUGCACUGAAGAUAGGGAAAUGGGAGGAGCUACAGUCAUCUGACAGGGACGUGGUUCACCCUGGACAGUUUACAGUCAACAAACUAUUUCCACUCACAAUAACAUCUACGAUCAGUUGAGAUUUUCUGAUGAUCCAUGUUAUUUGACUGUGGGAGGAAACCUGAAUAUAUAUAUAUAUAAACAUUCACACCAAACAAAACAACUCUAUAUGGAAAGACUGGGGGUUGAACUGGCAAACUGGUGACCUUUUUGCUGUAAGGCAAUAGUGCUAACCACCUCUGCCCUCAAUUGGCUUCCUCUAAACUCAUUAAUUAAAUUCCCCAAACAACCCAGGAUGGUGGGAAAAUAAUCAUUAUGGUUGAGAAAGAGCUACUAGUUCUCUCUAUUAAGGAAAAAAAGGGAGUGUGUUUUUUUGGUAAGAACGUACUAGAAAAGUACCCCUUGAUAAACAUACAGUAUUUUUACAAUUUAACUGAUACACAGUGAAUUUACUUUACAGGCAGGGACAGUAAAAGCCUAUUAUUUGUCAUUUUACCUCCUGAAUUCAAUACCAAAUAUAUUUUACCUGACAAUGCAUUUUUGACUAAACUUUUCCCGGAAUGAGGUAAUGUUCCAUAGAUACACUGAUGAUGCAGCUUUAUUUAUGGAGACAUUUAUUCCUUUAUUUUCGCGUAUUGAAGGUCCGUUAGCGCGUGAAGUCUGUCACUUUGAAUCUGUGUUUUUGUUGAAGACGUCGUUCAUUUUCUGCAGCCCGCAUCCCCUGCUGUCUUAAUGAAGUGAUCUUUUCAGGAGUCGAACAUCUGACAUGAGAGUGCAGCUUCAAUGACGCAGGAAGCCUCGGAUCAUAUCCGCUGCAGCAGGUCAUGUCAUUGAAGGGAUUCACAUGUCUAUUUGGGGUCGAUGUGGGCGGGGUUGUGGAAAGUGACGUCAGAGUGUUUGGUCGGUGACAGUGGAGGAGGGACCGGAGCACAGACCGGACUGAUCCCACGUGUGACGGACGAAAUAAGCGCUGCCUGCAUUCCCGACACCGGAUCUCCAACCACUCCCCGCUCUGCUCCGUCUGCCGACCUGCCGUCUGCUUGUAUCCGUCUGUCACUGCCUGCAGCUGGGUCAAAAAUGGAAGAAGACGGCGGCCAAGCACCGUCAGGAAGCCCGGCUGAUCCUCAGCACGACCCGGGGAAAAUGUUUAUUGGUGGCCUCAGCUGGCAAACUUCACCAGACAGCCUUAGAGAUUAUUUUAGUAAAUUUGGGGAAAUCAGAGAAUGUAUGGUGAUGAGAGACCCGACAACAAAGCGUUCCAGGGGUUUUGGUUUCGUCACCUUUGCAGAUGCUUCCUGCGUAGACAAAGUCUUAGCGCAGCAUCUCCACGAGUUGGACUCUAAACGGAUUGACCCUAAAGUUGCUUUUCCUAGGCGUGCUCAACCUAAGAUGGUCACAAGAACAAAGAAAAUAUUCGUGGGAGGAUUAUCAGCCAACACGGUAAUUGAAGAUGUGAAGCAGUAUUUCGAACAGUUCGGAAAGAUAGAAGACGCCAUGCUAAUGUUUGACAAUUAAUACAACCGACAUAGAGGCUUUGGCUUUGUAACAUUCGAAAUUGAGGAUGUGGUGGAGAAAGUCUGCGAGAUCCAUUUUCAUGAAAUCAAUAAUAAAAUGGUAGAAUGCAAAAAGGCACAGCCCAAGGAAGUAAUGUUUCCUCCGGGGACACGAGGUCGAGCCAGGGGUCUGCCGUACACCAUGGAAGCCUUCAUGCUGGGCAUGGGAAUGCUAAGUUAUCCAAACAUCGUCGCUACGUACAGUAGAGGCUACACUGGCUUCGCUCCAAGUUAUAGCUACCAGUUUCCAGGCUUUCCAACUUCAGCGUAUGGACCAGUGAUGGCAGCAGCGGUUGCAACGGCUCGUGGCUCAGGCUUCCCUGAUUAUGGGUUGUACUCUGCGUCCGGGGCCAGCAGCGAUGUGCGGGGAGGGGCGUCCUACUGCCUGGCCGACUACGGCUCCCUGGGCGUGCAGGGGGCUGCCCAGAUCCUGCCCAGCGAUCACGCCAGCUCAGCGUCAAACUCGCCCGGCUCCGUCCAGCACCACCUACGCAGCCCAGAACCUUUUAAGAGCUCAGGAACCAACCCAAACCGGUCUGGAACAUUUCCUGGUGCCAGUAGUCCUGGUCCUGUUGCUGACCUCUAUGGAACUGCCAGUCAGGACUCUGGUGUGGGGAACUUUAUCAGUGCGACCAGCCCACAGCCAGCCUCUGGAUUCAGUCACAGCAUGACUGGUCCACUUAUUGCGACAGCUUUUACGAAUGGAUACCACUGAAGCGUCACAGGUGAUGUCAUCCAGCACUAACCACUACAGCAGCCAUGCAGUGAGCCAGGCUGGAGGCGAUACCAGAAGAGAAACAUCUAAAAGGUGGAAAAGUCACUGUGUGUGACGGUCUGUUCUGCAGCGAGACUGACCCGCUACUGAGUUCUCUGACUGUACUGUUACUACUGUGUAGAUACUUGCUGAUUUAUUUGACUUGUGAUUUGAUUUUAUUUAUCUGUGGAAUUAUGGCUUUGAGUUAUUGAUUCCAAAUAUGUAUUUUCAACUAUGUAGCUCUUUUUAUCCUUAUGUGAAAAGCAAUGACACUUACUGCACACAUACACACACAUAUACAUAUACACACACACACUUGGGCAUAUUUUUUUUUUUUUGGUUUUGUGAGCACUUAAAAAAUGUAUUCCUUAACCCAUAACCUUUAUUAUUAUUCUAUAAGUAUAUGUGGAAACUUGAUUUUAUCCUAAUCCUAAUUCUAAUAUUUUCUACAAAACUAAAUCUUCAAAAGUCCAAGAAGGACGACGUGACCCUACAAUAAUAGAAUUUCCCCUAAAAAAAUAUUGUCCCCACAUGUAUUGCUGAUUGUAAAUCGAGGUAAAAAAACAACUCUGUUUUAUUUCACCAGAACUCUUUGAUUCACAAGAGACCUAUAAAAAAAACUCUGUCAAAAAACACAUUUCGUGUUCAGACAGUGUGGUCAGUAAAGGAACAUUUCUGGCAAUAAGGAGGGAAAAAAAUAUCUUUCAUGUGUCCAGUUUUAUGUCUGUGGUCUGGACGUCGAGUCGAACACUGACGUGGUGUGAAUGUGUUGUGGAAAAAGUCACUCAGUUUUAUUCAGUACAACAAUGUUCUGUAGGUGCUCCAGUGGAUUUCAACAUAUACUGUAACACAGUUUUAGGAGGUCUUCCAGUACUGUCAGUACAAGUAUAUAUAUUAUAUAUAUAUAUAUAUGUCCAUAUAUAUCAGUCAACAAUAUUGGAGUUGUCUUAUUAGUUGAAAUUACUGCCCCAUUUGAUUUAAUUUGCUCAGAAUAUCCUGACAAGUACAAUGCAACAUGAGCAGCUUCUUCAUUAAAAAAAAACUCCACUUUACGACAUAAGUCUUUAUGGAAAUCCCAUAAAUCUUUGCAGAUACUGAUUGAUUACCGAGACUAGAGGAAGUAUUAAUUUUCUUUUUUUUUCCUCCAGAGAUAAACAACAGAAUGAUUAUAUACGUGAUUGAGGCAAUAAAAAAAAAAUAUUUUAUUUUAUUUUUUUUACUUAUUUGUAUUGACAGUACUCGUUUACCUUUUAAAAAAACGCAGUAAUAUGUGGACCUGUCCUGUAGCUGUGCCACCGUUCUGUGUACUUUUAUGCACUUUGCUUUCAAACUGUAGCUAAUUUAAUACCAGCCUACUUGCCUUUUAAAAGACCCGUGUGUGUGUGUGUGUUUGAAAUUACACACACACACACACACACACAUUCAGUACAUGUGAUGUGACUCCCACAUGACAGGGUUCAUCUCGUUCUCCAAAGCUCAGUAACUUCAAAGCACACGCCGAUCUCCGGGGAGAACUCCACUAAUCACUUGUGUCUUUUUAUUUCAUGCUUUGUUGAAUACAGUCCACGGUCGCACAUCGUUUAUUUUAGCGUCUUGUGUUUUCUGUCUGAAGAGGAAAUGUAAAUGGACUACAAUAACCUUUCACACACACACACACACACCCACACACACACGCUCAUUCAAAACACACUGCUUCUGUAUGUGGAACCACACGUUGUUCUUCACAUCCAUCUGGACCAAUUUAGGGUUCGGUAUCUCGGUCAAGAACACUUCAACCUACAAACUGCGAGGAUGGGGGCGCUGACGUUUCCAUUAGUGGACGUCCUGCUCUUGCCUUGAGGAAUAAUGAGAGCAGUUGGCUGUAGUGCGUAACCUUGUUGAAGUGUUGAGUUCUGCUGACGUGGAACGUUUCAGUGAAUACGGAAAAACACGAAUGUCUAAGAAGAAAAAAAAAAUUAUUAUUAUUAUAAUUAUCGGAACAGGAAUUUUCACUAAAGCACCAGUUUUAAUUGAAGCUAAUCUCAUGGACUGAUGAGGAGAGAUGUUGUUUUUUCUUCCGGUCCGUGCGGAUAAAGACAUUUAACAUAAUACUUUCAUAAUCCAUCGAAGGCUACUGUUUCUAAAAAGGAAACUUAGAGUAAUAAAAAAAAAUUUGUACUGUAUGCUAUUAAUGUAAAAAAAACAAAAAAAAAACUACACAUAUGUAUGUUUCCGUGUAUGAUUUGUAUUUCCAAGAACAAUUUGUAUCAAUAUUUUUGUGGUUGUUAAAAAAAAGAUUGUAUGUACAAUAUCUAUAAAUGUAACGAUAAUAUAUAUAUAACGGUACAGUCCCUGGCAUAACCUAGCAUAAUCAGUUAAUUACUUAUGUAUAACAGUAAUCUAUGAAGAAGAAAAUGUACAGUACGUGUGUUUUUAUACCAGUGUAGUGUUUCAUACUCCCACGUCCUCUGUGUCCCAUCUCCGUGCUGCCGUCACCCAUCCAUAGUUUGAGCAUCAUGUCAGUCACGUAGGUAAAGAUCCAUGUGUCAAAUGUCUACGCUGUGUGCUCCAGCAGGGGGCACCGUAAGCACAGCUCAAGCUUAGAUCCCUUACGGUUAAACGAGACAGUGCCGUUAGUUUGUUGUUGCCGUUAGCAAGCGAGUCGAACCGUCCUUCUAGCUAAACAAAAACGACACCAAAGUUUCCGACAAGCAUCGUAUUUCAGGUGGCCGAGUUCUACAGACCCUGAGAUAUGAUUAUAUACUACCUUUGUUUGCACAUUGACUACUAAUGCCUCUGUGCCUGCGCGAGAGGCAUGUGAUUACCACAGUGCUACAAUAGAUGCUAAACCAAAUGCACAAGCUAAGAAGAUAAA